AUGGGAUGUAUUCAACAGAAGGCUCCUAGUCCUGAAAUUUCAAUAAUAAUAUUGAGUCCUCCUCUCUCCAAUUCGCCAUCAAAUGAAUUUACACUGAAACCCUAUCAUAAUGAUAAAUACCCUGCUGCAUGUUUGCCUACUAAUACUUCAGAUCACUCCUUUCAUGCCAAAUUCAUCAAACACAAAGGGUUGACUCUAUCAAAGAACGAUCAGCAAAGGAUCAACUAUUAUCAACACUGUAAUAGUUGCCCAUACUUUUGA